ACUUCUUGCGAGCUGCAGAAGCAACCGCAGCAGCUCGCUCCUGUGACUUGCGUUGCGAGGAGGCGCAAGAGGGCCACAUGCGUUGGUGAAGUCUUUGGAGCUGCGGAGCUUUGCCGAGACCUCCCCCUCCUCCUCCCCCUCCACCACCAUCAUCAUCUCUCCUGCUGCGUUUAUUUAAGCUCGUUAUUCACAACGCUCGCGCCUGUGCCGAGCAAGAGGCUUGCGAGAGGCGAGCAUCGUCCCGACGCUUCCUGCCUUCCUCUUCUGAGCAGCGAUUGCUGAGAACCCAGCGAGAUUGAGCGAGGAUACGUCCCGAUCUCCCUCCCCGCCUCGCCCGGGCCCAUCGCCCCGUCACACUCCCUCUGCCGUCUUACGUGUCCGCAGCUUUGCUGACGACCGGGAGAAAUGUUGCCGCGGAAACCUCCGUGCGCCCUUCUGAGGGCCCUGGCGAUACUGUGCGUCGGCGUCGUGACGUCCCUGUCGCAGGACAUCCCCCUACAGACCAAAUUUCUUGAAGGUGUCGAACAACCGCCCACGAUCACGAAGCAGCCGCCCAAGGUCUACUUUGUCGAUCCCACGGACGACAUCCACAUCGACUGCGAGGCCAAGGGGAACCCUGCCCCCAGCUUCACCUGGACUAAGGACGGGGAGCACUUUGACCCGAGCCUCGACCCCAACAUCGCGCUGACCAACAACAACUCGGGCUCGUUCAAGGUGCAAAAGUCGAACGGCGUCCUCAACAAGAAGUACGAGGGCGACUACCAGUGCAUCGUCUCGAACGCCGUAGGCAAGGCGCUCUCUGAAAAGAUUCGUCUCCGCCUGGCCAGUACUCCGAAGUGGCCUAAAGAAGUCCUGGAGCCGAAGAGGGUGGAUGAGGGAAGGUCCGUGGUGCUGCCCUGCAAUCCACCCUUCGGACUGCCGCCUCCCAUUAUCUACUGGAUGACGAGCACGCUCGACCACAUCCGUCAGGACCGCAGGGUGACGCAGGGGCUCAACGGCGACCUGUACUUCGCGAACGUGAUUUCGUCGGACAGCCGAGAGGACUACACGUGCUACGCCCAGUUCAAGGCGUCUCGCACCAUCAUCCAGAAGGAGCCCAUCAAGCUCCAAGUGAACCCGCUUGCUGUUCAUAAUGAUUCAUUGGCAACUAAUGUGGAUGGGAAGCAGUUAGGUGGUGGCCGCCUGCAAAGCCGUCCGGCCAGGAUGCUCACCCCCCUCGGGAAGAGCAGCAGCAAGCACGCGCUGAGAGGGGACGAUCUUCUCCUGGAGUGCAUCGCCGAGGGGCUGCCGACGCCAUACAUCACUUGGCGCAAGUUGGACGGCAGCCUUCCCCAGGGCACGCUGAGCUUGGAGAACUUCAACAAGACUCUGCGCAUCUCGCCCGUGUCGCUGAGAAACGCCGGCCAGUACGAGUGCACCGCCAGCAACCCCCAGGGCACCGACAAGCACGUGUUCGACGUCACCAUCGACGCCGCUCCCUACUGGACAUCGAAGCCGGAGGGGAAGACAGUUGUUCCAGGAGACGAUGCCAACCUGUACUGCGAGGCGGAUGGCAAACCCAAGCCCAAGAUCCAAUGGCUCAUCAACGGCGUUCCUGUGGAAGAGGUGCCGCACAACCCAAACCGCAUCGUCAGGGGGGACCUUGUCACGCUGAAGCGGCUGCCGAUUGGCGGCAGUGCCGUGUACCAGUGCCAAGCAACGAACAAACACGGCUCCUCGCUCGCCAACGUCUUCGUCAAUGUGCUGGCGGUGGCCCCACUCAUACAAACGGAAAACAACAAAGUUUACGAGGUGGUGGAAAACAAGGCGAUUGCCCUGGAGUGCAAAGCGUUUGGCUCACCCAAGCCUGUGAUGCAAUGGUCCAAGGAGAAGAAUGAAAAUGUCGUCUACGCAAAUGGAAACCUCUUCAUCCAGAGGACCACCAAGCGCGACCAAGGGCUGUACACGUGCACUGCGACCAAUGAGCUCAACUCGACGAGCAUUCAAGCCAACCUCAUCGUCAGAGACGCUACGAGGAUCGAGCCGAUGGCGUCUCUGCGGGUGGAGAGGCUCAAGGACGCUCGGUUCGUGUGCAACGUCUCCUCCGACGAAAACCUCAGCCUCAACGUCUCCUGGGAGAAGGACGGUGCGGCGCCGAUCAUCAGCAGCAGGGUGGCGGUGGACGGAGGCGUGCUCACCAUCGAGGACGUCACCGAGGAGGACGGCGGCGUCUACACCUGCUUCGCCGAGACCUCGCUCGACCGACACUCCGCCUCGGCCAGCCUCACCGUGCUCGACCGGCCGGCCGCCCCCGCGCAGCUCACCCUCUCUGACCUGAGCGAUCGCAGCGUGGAGCUCCAGUGGGCUCCGGGCGACAGCCACAACAGCCCCGUCUCAGGCGUGACGGUGCAAUUCGAGGAGGACAAGCACCGCCCCGGCGAAUGGCAGACGCUCGACAACUUCACGGGCGAUGUGAGCUCGGCCAAGCUGCAGCUGCGUCCGUACGUGAACUACCGCUUCCGGCUGAUCGCGCACAACGAGCUGGGACCGAGCAAUGCCAGCGAGCCCUCGGAGCGAUACUUCACGCCGCCGUCCACACCUGACAUUGCGCCAUUUGGCGUGAAAGCAGAAGGGACCGAUCCAGACAAGAUGAUCAUAUCUUGGAAACCACUGGAUGCCCUGGAUUCCAAUGGCCCGGACCUGCAGUACAAAGUGAGCUUGCGACAGAAGGGAUCUGGCGAUGACUGGCGGGAGGAGCUGGUGGGUGGGAACGAGUCUCACUACGUGCUGGCCGGCACGCCGCCCUUCACACCCUACGAGGUCAAAGUGCAGGCCGUCAACAACCAGGGCAAGGGGCCCGAACCGCUGGUCAUCGUCGGCUUCUCCGGAGAGGCCGUUCCACGCACAGCACCGAAGAACGUGAUGUACAAGGUGGUGAACAGCACCGUGAUCAGGGUCUCGUGGGAGCCACUCCGUCAAGAAGAUGUGCUCGGUCGGCUUCAAGGUUAUAAGAUUUACUACUCGAAGGUGAGGGGGCUGCAGGAGAGGAGGCGACGUCACACGGGCAAGAAGGUGCUGGAAUUUCACGGCGCCAGGAACUUCACAAUGCUGCCCGGCCUUGAGCCGUUCAGCGCCUACAGCGUGGAGGUGGCGGCGUUCAACAGCAAGGGAGAGGGGCCCGCAAGUCACCCCAUCAUCGCCAACACUCCAGAGGGAGUUCCUGGAAAAGUUGUUGGCCUACAAGUUACUCAGACCACUUUGAAUUCCGUGACACUGGAGUGGAAGCCGCCAGCAGAACGCAACGGUAUCCUUACCGGAUAUACCCUGACGUACGAAUACAUUAACAGCACCACACAGGAGCUGGGUCCAAGUAAAACGGAAAACAUCCCGGCGAACGUGACCUCAUGGCAGGUGACCGAGCUGGAGCCCCAGAGCAUGUACAAGUUCCACGUGGGCGCUCAGACCAACGCCGGGUCUGGGAUCGUGAUCACGGAAGAGGCCCACACCGUUAUGGAUGUCGGUGAUUUUAACCGUGCUGUUCAGACAGGAAUGGCAGCUCCGAAAUCACCUUCGCUGCAGAGAGGGAGUCACAUCGUCGGGAAAAACUUCGCCAACAUCUCGUGGCUUCCCAGCGAUGGGCAGGAGCAGUACGUGGUCCAGUACCAGAAGAAAAAUGGCGAUGACGACGAUUGGAAGAAUUCCUCUACCCUGGAUUCUUCGACCAACUUCUUUGUCCUCGAGGACCUCCAGCCGGGGACCACUUACAACAUCCGCGUCAUCGCACGCAACGACUAUGGGCACACCGUGAGCGAGGAGGACUUUGUGGAAACCAUCGGCACGGCGUACCCGACGAGGUCCGUGGACCUGGCUACUCAGGCGUGGUUCAUCGCGCUGCUGUGCUUGAUAGCCCUCCUCAUCCUUAUCCUGCUCAUCAUUUGCUUCAUCAAGAGGAACAAAGGCGGCAAGUAUUCCGUCAAAGACAAGGAAGAUGCCAGAGCAGAUCCUGAUAUAAAACCCACGAAAGAGGAGACUUUUGGUGAAUACAGACCACUCGAAAGCGACAACGACGAGAAGCCGCUGGCCGCGAGCAUGCCGUCGCUCAACGGCUCGGUGCCGCACGGCGAGAGCGAGGACAGCCUGGCGCAGUACGGCGACGGUGUCGAGGGCAUGUUCAACGAGGACGGCUCCUUCAUCGGGCAGUACCGCGGCAGCAAGGAGCGCGUCUCCUCCACCGCGGACGGGGGCCCGACGGCCCCGCCGCUCCCGCCGCCCGGUGGCUCGGCCGCCACGUCGCCCGUCGCCCCUACGGCUUGAGCCGGUCGCCGGCGGCGCGAGCCGGGGGGUGUUUUUUUUU